UCCCACAAUCCCCCGCGCCACUACUCCGCCCACCUUCCACAUCCUUUGCUUUUCAUUCACUGCCUUCUUUGCGGCAAUAGCAGUGCCUUGCGGCAGCGCGUCUUGGCCAAAAUGGCGGACAUGGAGGAUUUGUUCGGGAGCGAUGCCGAAUCUGAGACUGAAAAGAAAGAAUCAGACUCGGGAUCUGGCUCAGAUUCAGAACCAGGCAAUGAUGGCUCGGGGAGCAACCGGUCUGGAAGUGAUAGUGACCGAGAUGAAGACGAUGAUGAGCAUAGUGCUGCAAAACCAAGCAACAAAGAGCUGUUUGGGGAUGACAGCGAGGAUGAAGUUGGUUCUCAACACAGUGGCAGUUACAACCGCUCUGAAAGAUCAUACAAUGCAUCUGAAACAGCCCAUUCAGAUCAAGAAGUUAAUGAUCAGUCUGAUGCUGAACAGCACAGUGGCUCAGAAGCUCUCCAUGAUGAGGACAAUGAUGAUGUAGGGCGAAGGUCAGAACAUAGCAGUCCUCGAUCAGAGGCUGAUGGCUCAGAUAAAGAUGCAAAUUCAGAUGAUGAAAAAUGGGGCAGGGACAACAAAAGUGAUCAGUCUGAUGAGGAAGAAAAGAUGCAGAACUCUGAUGAUGAACUUCAGCAUUCAGACCAUGAUGAACAUAGACAGUCCGAUGAGGAAGGGCAACGGCCAUCUUCAGAUGCUGAAGAACAAGACCACCACCAAUCGGAUGAUGAGGAGCAUGAUAACCAUCACUCUGAUGACCUUCAAAAUUCAGAUGAUGAAGAGAAUGAUCGACAGCAUUAUAAUGACCGAACGCAUUCAGAUGGGGAAGAACAAGAACACAGACCACAGUCUGAAGAUGAAGAAAAUGAGCUUCAGCAUUCUGAUGAUGAACAAGGGCAACAGCAUUCUGAUGAUGAACAAGAGCGUCGGCAUUCUGAUGACGAGUUAAAUGAACAUCAGCAAUCCGAUGAUGAAGAUAGGCAACAUUCAGAUGAAGUCAGUAAAAGACAUCAUUCAGAUGAUGAGCAACAGCAGUCUGAUGGAGAGGAACAAGAGCGCAAAUCAGAAUCCCAAAAAGGCAGUGACAGUGAAGAGGAAAUUGGCCGACAGAGGCGUAAGAAAGCCAUAGCAUCAGAUUCUGAUAUGGACAGUGAUGAUGAUGAACCCAAAGGCAAACAAAAUGCUUCAGAUCUGUUUGGAGAUGCAGAUGACAUUUCUUCAGGCAGUGAUGGAGAAGACAAACCACCGACUCCUGGCCAACCUAUGGAUGAAGAUGGAAUGGAUCAGGAUCAGCCGGAAGAAACACUCCCAGAAACAAGGAUAGAAGUUGAGAUUCCCAAAGUGAACACAGACCUUGGAAAUGACUUGUAUUUUGUGAAACUUCCCAACUUUCUCAGUGUUGAACCCAGACCUUUUGAUCCUCAGUAUUAUGAAGAUGAAUUUGAAGAUGAAGAAAUGUUGGAUGAAGAAGGUAGAACAAGGUUGAAACUAAAGGUUGAGAACACAAUCCGAUGGAGAACACGAAAGGAUGAAGAAGGAAAUGAUACUCGUGAAAGUAAUGCUCGCAUUGUUAAAUGGUCUGAUGGCAGCAUGUCCUUACAUUUGGGUAAUGAAGUGUUUGACGUAUACAAGGCACCACUGCAAGGAGACCACAACCAUCUUUUCAUCAGACAAGGAACAGGUCUACAAGGCCAAGCUGUUUUCAAAACCAAGCUGACGUUUAGGCCUCAUUCUACAGACAGUGCCACUCAUAGGAAGAUGACACUGUCACUUGCCGAUAGAUGUUCUAAGACUCAGAAGAUCAGAAUUCUGCCAAUGGCAGGACGGGAUCCAGAAUCACAGCGUUCAGAGAUGAUCAAGAAAGAAGAGGAGAGACUACGAGCAUCAAUUCGCAGAGAGUCACAGCAGCGCAGAAUGAGGGAAAAGCAGCAUCAGAGAGGCCUCAGUGCAAAUUACCUGGAACCUGACCGAUAUGAUGAUGAAGAAGAAGGAGACGAGUCAAUAAGUUUGGCAGCCAUAAAAAAUCGUUACAAAGGAGGCAGAGAGGAAAGAGCUCGAAUCUAUUCAUCAGACAGUGAUGAAGGUUCUGAUGAAGACAAAGCUCAGAGGCUGCUGAAAGCAAAGAAGCUGAACAGUGAUGAGGAGGAUCAGGAUGAGGAAGGUGAACUUUCGGGAAAGAGAAAGGCGACAGAGGAUGAGGACAAAGCAAGCAAGAAGCACCGAAAAUAUGUAAUUAGUGAUGAAGAGGAGGAAGGAGAAGAAUUAUAAAAUCAUGUAUUUUUUUUUUUAUGCUGUACAGUUAUUUACCAUAAUGUAGGGAACAGUGAUUGAUAUUUGUUACAGGCCUAUGGUGCGUUCAUGUGUAUAAAUAAAUCUAAUUAAGGGAUGUGAUAUUUCCGGAGAA